UUCAAUUUUCACUUCACCUUCCCUGAAUCCAUCGAGUUUCUCACAGAGCGUUCCAAUCCAAUAGGGCAGUUCUGGAGAAUGGAGAUGAAAUCUACUGUAAUGGGGCGUCUGCAACUCCAUUUUCCUCAAUCGGGUCUCCGCCAAAUUCAAAUGAACCCACGCCUCCAUUGCCAAACCAUCUGUGGCCUCAGAAAGGGGCUGCGCAAGCCCUUGGGGAGCUCGAGGGUGCCCUCCCCUGAGGCUAUUCAUGCCGUUCAGUCCCUCAAGCUCGCAAAAUCCGCCUCGAAAUUGGAGCACGUAAUCAGCACCAAGCUCAGUAGAUUGCUGAAAGCAGACUUGUUUGAUGUUCUCGCCGAAUUGCAGAGACAAAACCAACUCGAGCUAUCGCUUMAGGUCUUCAAAUUUGUGCGGAAUGAAGAAUGGUACAAGCCAGACUUAACCUUAUACCAUGGGAUGAUUAUGAUGUUGGGAAAGAACAAACUCAUUGAAAUGGCUGAAGAGAUCUUCAACGGGUUAAAAAAGGAUGGGUUAGAACCAGACACACGAGCUUUUAACGAGAUGAUGGGAGCAUAUUUGCAAGCGGGCAUGGCCGAGAGAGCGGUGGAGACGUAUGAAUUAAUGAAAGCAUCAGGUUGUACGCCAGACAAACUGACUUUCAAGAUUUUGAUCAAGAGUCUAGACAAGUUUGGGGAAGGGUUUGCUGCAAUGGUGAACAGAGAAUGUGCUCAGUACUUGGAUUCUCCGGAGAGGUUGCUCAAAGAUGUCAAACCGAAGCUCGUGAAAGAUCAAAGUCCUUGAGCAUGAACUUGGAAACUUCUUCAAACAGAUUUGAUGUUUGAGGUAGGCACUCUGUUUCUUACUUCUUCAAAUGAAAUUUGAUGUUUAGGAGAGACCAAUACCAUAUGGUUACUGCCUUGAAAAUCUCUGCACAAUGUUGAAAUUCUUGUUGAAUAAGAAGAGUUGUCAAAUUUUUAGGUU